AUGGAGUAUCAUCGGUUUAUAGAAGAUCAAACCCUCAAAGACUUGGAGACUGAGGAGAAUAAUACCACGGAUAUUACAGCACCCAGCUACAGAUCGUUGUACCCAUAUGGCGUGGAUUUGAAUGCUGAGAAGAAAACCAGGGAACCGGAGCCUCAGCAGCAGCUAGAACCGGGGCCUCAGCAGCAUCCAGAACCGGAGCCUCAGCAGCAGCUAGAGCCAGAACCAACUCAGCAGCUACUAGAACCUCAGGAGCAACAAGAACUUGCGGGACCAAUUUUGGUGUCGGGAAGCUCGAAGCAGCCCGGUCGAGUAACCAGGUCAAAAUCACACAAGAACCCAUCACAGGGGCGGACAGAAGCAGGUUCAAGACCUCGGAGGCAUUCGGACCUGUCGUAUGGCAAUGCAGACCAGAGCUUGAAUUCUAGGUCUUUUCAGGAAGACCAGACGGAUGUAUCAAGAAAGAAGAAAAAGAACAAGUAG